AUGGACACACCCAUCGACUUUAUCGUGGUAGGAAGUGGUCCAGCUGGCAGCACGGUGGCCAGCCAGUUAGCCAAUUCUCCGAAGCAUCCGAAAGUGCUUCUCCUUGAAGCAGGAGGCCUCAACGCAGAGCACGAUCUGCGAGUUGACGGCCAGCGAUGGCUGACCUUUCAGAACAAAGAGAUGAACUGGGGUUACAAGACAACUCCGCAGAAGCACUGCAACAAUCGGGAGAUUGAUUACUCCCGCGGACGGGGCAUGGGAGGCUCCAGCGCCAUUAACUUUGGUGUCUACAGUGUUGGUGCCCGCGACGACUACGACGAGUGGGCGCGCAUCGUUGGCGAUGACGCCUUCAAGUGGGAGAAGAUCCAAUCCAGGUACAAGGCUCUCGAGACUUUCCAUGGGGAUCUGCCUGACGGCGUUGAUGCGAAGUAUGCAGCCCCUCGGGCUGAAGAUCAUGGCAGCUCCGGAGGUCUCCACGUAGGGUUUGCCUCGACAUGGGAAAAAGAUCUGCCACCGCUUUUGGAUGUCUUCGAACAGGCCGGUUUCCCCUUGAACCCCGACCACAACUCAGGCAAUCCAAUUGGGAUGUCUGUUCUGAUCAACUCGGCCUACAAGGGUGUCCGAUCCACAGCUGCGGAUCUUUUGAAGCCACAGCCGGAAAAUUUAACUAUCAUCACCGAUGCUCCCGUUCAGCGUCUCGUCCUAGACGGCAGCAAAGCUGUCGGUGUUGAAUCAAAUGGAAAGAAGUACCUCGCCUCGAAAGAGGUUGUCCUCUGCGCUGGCUCUCUGGAAGCGCCACGCAUCCUCAUGCACUCGGGUAUUGGUCCCGCAAAACAACUAGAGAAGUUUGACAUCCCCGUCAAGCUCGAUGUCCCUGCCAUUGGACAGGGUCUCCGAGACCACACGUUCGUCCCGCUAGUGAAUACUCGCGUGGAGAACAAUACCCAGCGACGUGAAUUCUACGGUGAUGAGAAGGCCAUGGCCGAGGCCCUAGAGCAAUGGAGAAAAGAUGGAAGUGGCCCGUGGUCGAGAUUCGCCUGCGAGUUAGGGAUUGGCUGGUUCAAGCUUGACAAGCUCACGUCCUCCGAGGAAUUCCAGAAGCUGCCUGCGGACGAGCGGAAGUACCUUCUGCAGGAUACUGUGCCGCACUAUGAGAUCCUGACCCACUUCCCCAUCCACUGGUUCAUUCCAGACUUCGCCAAUGAGGCUCUAAACUACUCUUGCCUCCUCGUUUUCAUGUUCAACGCGCAGGCUCGUGGUGAAGUAACCCUGCAGUCGGCGGAUCCGAAUGUGCCCCUGCUGUUCGAUCCGAAAUUCCUGUCUCACCCGUUCGAUCGUCGCGCUGCUAUUGAGGCCCUGCGGGAUGCAUUCAGGAUUGCUAAGUACGAUGGCUACACCAAGGAUAAUGUCACGGAAUUGGCUGGUCCCAAGUCCGACUCUGACGAGGAUCUCCUGGAAUACUGGAGACAGAACAUCUCCUCCAGUUGGCACAUGACUGGUACUAUCAAAAUGGGUCAGAAGGGUGAAGCCGAUGCUGCCGUGGACAGCAGCUUCCGUUUCAUGGGCAUCGAGGGACUGCGUGUGGCGGAUAUGAGUGUAGUUCCGGUACUGGUUAACUGUCACGUCCAGGCAGUGGCAUAUGUGACGGGAGCAACAUGUGCGGAGAAGUUGAUUAAGGAGUAUGAUCUGGCCUAG